GUGUGUGUGUGUGCGUGUGUGCUUGCGUGCGUGUGUGUAUAAAGUGGGGUGACUCGGCAGAUCGUGCCUCUGGAGUAAUAAGAAGCAGUGACACAUGCAUCACAAGGCUGUCACAUUGCUGGGGCAGAGGGUCAACGGGGCUGUCAAGCACUGGGUGUAACUGGGGAAGGUGGAGGAGGAAGCAGAGGUGGCCCCAGAGUCUUCUGCGUGUGUGGGUCUUUGUAUACUUUUCCCGUCAGAGGCAGCCAAGCGCAGCCAAGAAAGCAGUUCCUUGGCAGGCCUUAAUGGCAGUAUGAUGUAGUCUGUUGUGACUAGUGCAUUCCUUUCAGGUUAAACUAGGGAAAUUGCAUUGUGUUCAAAUUCCAAGUCGCAUGAAUGUUUUAUUGCCACAAGUGUGUUUAGUCCUCAAGGGGAGUCGAGAAGUUGAGGUGGGGAGGGUUGUUUGGUUUGUGUAUGUGUGUGUGUUAGGGAGAGAGGGAGAGAGAGAGAGAGAGAGAGAGAGAGAGAGAGAGAGAGAGAGAGCAAACGGGGGAGAAGAGAGAAGACUCAGGAACCAUCAGAAGAAGAAACACUCUCUCUCUUAGAGAAAAAAAAAACUCCACUGGUCUGAAGCUGAUCUGCUGUGACAGUCACUUAGAAGGAUUCCACUUUUCCUAAACUGUGGCUGUUUAAAAAAUCACAUAGUCCAGAAAAUUAGCAGCUGAAGAAAAUAUGACAAGACACACGCAAAACGGGUUUGGGAGGUAGAAAGAGAGAGGAGAGAGAGGACAAAAAAGGAAUGUGCCAGAGCUGGAUUGAAGCUGCCUCCUGCUUGUGUAAACUGCCAGAUUUCCCCAGAGCUGUGUUUUUGUGCAGUCUGCUUGAAGGCCAGGAGUGAUCUGUUAACUGUACACCACUGACUGGGAGGCCAAAAGCAGCUCAUGGCCAUCCGCUGCACACUGGUAAACUGCACAUGUGAAUGUUUCCAGCCUGGGAAGAUUAACCUGCGCACCUGUGACCAGUGUAAACAUGGCUGGGUGGCACAUGCGCUGGACAAGCUCAGCACCCAACACCUGUACCACCCGACGCAGGUGGAGAUCGUGCAGUCCAACGUUGUGUUUGACAUCAGCAGCCUGAUGCUGUACGGCACGCAGGCGGUGCCUGUGCGCCUCAAGAUCCUGCUGGACCGGCUCUUCAGCGUGCUCAAACAGGAAGAGGUGCUGCACAUCCUGCACGGCCUGGGCUGGACGCUGCGGGACUACGUCCGGGGAUACAUCCUUCAGGAUACUGCAGGCAAGGUGCUGGACCGCUGGGCCAUCAUGUCCCGGGAAGAAGAGAUUAUUACCCUCCAGCAGUUCCUGAGGUUCGGGGAAACCAAAUCCAUUGUGGAGCUGAUGGCAAUUCAAGAAAAAGAAGGCCAGGCCGUGACUGUGCCAUCUUUAAAGGUAGACUCCGAUAUCAGGACUUUUAUCGAAAGCAACAACCGCACCAGGAGUCCCAAUCUCUUGACACACUUGGAAAAUAGUAACCCUUCCAGUAUACACCACUUUGAGAACAUCCCCAACAGCCUGGCCUUUCUCCUUCCCUUCCAGUACAUCAACCCUGUCUCCGCCCCUUUACUGGGGCUGCCCCCUAAUGGCCUCAUGCUGGAACAGCCAGGGCUCAGGCUUCGGGAGCCCAACCUACCAGCCCAGAGCGAGCCCAUUGAAAGCAGUGAGUCAGAGAUCUCUCUUUCACCCUACCGCAAUGGCCAGAGCCCCAAUCGCAGUGCCCUGAGCAGCAUCACCAACAUGGUGGAGCCCAAGUCAGAGCCCAGUAGCAUUUCCCCUCUGCCGCCUCAGCAGUCAUCCACUAGCAUGAACGACCACAACUUGGUGAAGACGGAGCAGUCCAAGAGCAUCUCAUCCUCUUUCUCCUCCAAGAUGAACCGAAUGCGCAGGAUGGGUUGCACCUCCCGGAAGGGUCGGGUAUGCUGCCAUGCCUGUGGGAAGACCUUCUAUGACAAAGGUACGCUCAAGAUCCAUUACAAUGCUGUCCACCUGAAGAUCAAGCAUCGGUGCACCAUCGAGGGAUGUAACAUGGUCUUCAGCUCCCUGCGCAGCCGCAACCGCCACAGCGCCAACCCCAACCCUCGGCUGCACAUGCCAAUGCUGAGGAACAACAGGGACAAGGACCUCAUCCGGUCCAACUCCGGGUCUGCAACUUCCGUCAUCUCCAGCACCAAGAGUAGCCUAACCCUCACAAGCCCUGGGCGUCCCACCAUGGGUUUUACCACCCCUCCCCUAGACCCAGUCCUUCAGUCGUCACUCCAGAGCCCUUUGGUCUUCCCGUCUUUGAAGACAGUGCAGCCAGUUCCUCCAUUCUACAGAAGUCUAAUGUCGCCGGGAGAGAUGGUCAGCCCACCAGUUUCUUUGCCCACCAGCCCUAUAAUGCCUACCACAACCACCACCAACAGUAUCACCGCGUUGAUGGACCAGCAACAGAUGUCCACCCCCAGCCACCUUCCUCUUACCACAGAGACCACAUCAACAGCACACAAUGUGGCCCUCCCAAGCAGCCACGACCCUACCAUUGCUGACCCAACGCCCAAGAAAAAGCCUAGAAAGUCCAGCAUGCCGGUGAAGAUUGAAAAAGAGGUAAUAGACGUGGUAGAGGAGUUUGAUGAGGAGGAUGAGGAGGACAAUGACAAUGAUGACGGGGUUGUUAACAACCAGGGCUGCCAUCAUGAUCACCCUCACCACCACCAUCAUCAUCCACAUCAUCACAGCAACAACAUCAACAGCAUCAACAGUAAGAACAACAACUGUCACCACUCCUCCCAGGACGAGAUGAGCCCCGGCCUGGCAUUGAAAAGCAUGCUGCACCAGAACCAGGAAGACCUGAGGAGCACGGGCGGAGGCUCUGAAAUGCGAUGUAUGGACAGCGUCACCUCCGAGGACCAGGACCAUGAGCAGGAUUUUGAGAACGAGUCGGUAACCUCAGAGACCAAGAUGUGCUGUGGUGACGAGUCAAUGGAAAUUGAAGAGCAGCAGCAGCAACGUCACCACCACCACCAGCAGCAUCUGAGCUGCAAACAGGCUUUGAAAAAGGCACAUCAGGAGCAGGUGGAGGAAGAGGAGAACCAUCUGAGGGAAAAACUGGAGGAUAAGCACAACUCCUACCCUUCCCCACACCAACCGGUCAUCAAGAUUAAAGAAGAGCUGGCUGACCCCACCUACGACAUGUUCUACAUGAGCCAGUACGGGCUGUACAAUGGCGGAGGAAGUGCUGUGGCAGCUGCGGCUGCUGCUAGCAUGGCAGCCUUGCAUGAGACCUUUGUCUCCUCUAUGGGCUACGGCAGCAGCCCCCAGUUCUCCUCCUCCUCAUCUGAUGGAGACCCCAAGAUCUGCUACGUCUGCAAGAAGAGCUUCAAAAGCUCGUACAGUGUCAAGCUGCACUACAAGAACGUGCACCUGAAGGAGAUGCAUGUCUGCACGGUGGCUGGUUGCAACGCUGCCUUCCCAUCAAGAAGAAGCAGAGACAGGCACAGUGCUAACAUCAACCUGCACCGCAAACUGCUGACCAAAGAACUGGAUGAUAUGGGGAUGGACACUCACCACACGGCCCUCCCCAAGGAACUCCGUGACGAGUUCCUAGCCAAGAUAUAUGGUGCUCACCACAUGGGUUUGGAGGGCAGCGGAGGCAGGGAUGAGGCAAGCUCUCCAGCCGGCACCGAAUACUCGCAAACCAACGGCUACUGUGGAGGCCCUGCCCAUGACUACAUGGUGCUGGACCUCAGCACUGCUUCCAGCAUCCAGUCCAGCAGCAGCAUCCACUCCUCACGGGAGUCCGAUGAGGGCAGCGAUGAGGGAAUACUGCUUGAUGACACUGACGGGGCCAGCGACUGCGAGACUCCCUCUCACAAGGCCGAGGGGCUGGUUCAGGAAGUGACGGCUGAAACAGGAGUGGGCAGCAGCCAGGGCCUGCUUGAAUCCUCUUCUCCCAUGCUCCACUCGGCUUCCACCAGCAACGGCGGGAUCAUGUGCAACAUCUGUCACAAAAUGUACAGCAACAAGGGGACGCUGCGGGUGCACUACAAAACCGUACACCUGCGGGAGAUGCACAAGUGCAAAGUGCCCGGCUGCAAUAUGAUGUUCUCUUCGGUGCGCAGCCGCAACAGACACAGCCAGAACCCUAACCUCCACAAAAACGUUCCUUUUGCAUCUGUAGUAGAGUAGCUACCCCAAUCCCUAUACCAGGACCAUCAAUUCGGUAAGACUGGCCUCUUGCACGGAUGGCCUCUUUUGGAACUGCCAUAUAUAUUUUUUUUAAUAAUUAAUUAAACAAAAUAUAUAUAUAUUAAAAAAAUUCUAAGUGCUUUUGCAUUGUGACUAUUUCUGUUUUGUUUUAGUUUUUUUUUUCUUUGGAAGCAUAGGAUGUGACUCACUGAGCAACAGCCGAUGCCCAACUUACUCCAUCGCCAUUUCCAUUAAAGACUCUUUUGCUUUACUCAUUUCCAAAGAAACUGUUUGAAAUAUAUUUGUGACUGUUGCCUGCAGAAAUAAUAAUAAAAAAUAUCUUCUUGAUGUCUUUGUGUACUAAUAGCUUUUAAAAGAACAUUUAACAAAGCAUGACAGCUUCAUUUGUAAAUACUAUGCCCUGAGAGGCUAUGAUGUAAAACAAUUGUAUUGAUGGUUGUUAGCUUUUUAUUUUAUUUUACAGUCCUUCCAGCUAUUAGAUAGACAAGGAAGAGGUAGUUUGCAGCUAGCUAGCUUUAAUGCAUAUUUUUAAACUGAAACACAAGUCUUGUUUUAACUACCUGCUAGAUAUAAAAAUGGGUGCUGGCAUGCUUAUGGUACCCCAGUCAGAUAAUAGUUUGUUUUGGUUUUUUUCCCCCUCUUAAUAUUAGUACAUAAAUCCUGUCAUGCACUUUUCAACACUAUAAGGGGAUGUGUAAUAUACCCAUGUCAUUACUUUUCAAACUACCAUCAUUCUUCAAAUCUUUCUUUCCUUGGGGGAAAAAAAACUGUUUCUGGACCUAAUUGGUGACAAUAAUACCUAAGGAAACUGAAGUAUCACGUUUGCAUAAAAACCUCCAGCUUUGUACAAGUAUUAAAAUGAAAAAGAAAGUUGGUUGUUAACUGCAAUGGGAGACCCAGAUUUGGUCAGGACAUUAUUCCGGCAUAUUCCAGUAUUUUGUCCCACAUAAUGUAUUAAUCAUACCCAACCUUAAAGGUAUUGUAUCCCUCUUGCUGGUGUGCAGGUGCACAGAAUACUAGUAGCAACCAGCAUCUGUAAAUACUGCAUUUCCAAACAACAAGGUCAAAAAUGUUACACAAAUUAAGGCAUUAGUUAUUUCAGGAUUUAUAUGGUACUUUUGUAAUUAUGUUAUGUAAAAACUGAUUUUGUCAAUCAUGGAAUACUGCACCUUUAAGAGUUUGUAGCACAAAAUUGAAUAUUAGCAAUUCAGUAUACUGUCAAGUCCUACAAAGCAGUGUUUCAGUAAAAAUAUAUAUAUAUAUAUUACAGGAGCAACAAUGAUCAACUACCUUAAUAAGCUUUAUUAUGAACAAACAAAAAAAAACAACUAAAACAAUGAGACUUCAUAGCAGAGUGGGGUACGCUAGUCUUAAGAAAUAAUGAUGUUGUUUUUUUGCUUUAGUAUUUUUUUGAGUCUUAAUUCUUUAGACCAUAUUUAAGUAAAUUACAUUUAAAUACAGCAACUGUGAAAUAAGUAAUGUCUUUAUUAAUAAUAGUAAUAAUGGUAAUACUAAUACUAAAAUAUAAAUGGCAAAUGCAGAAGCAAUUACCCACUUAAGCCUCUGAACAUGCAGUUGACAUUAUUAAGACAUUUAAUCCUUAAAAAAAAUCCUGAACAAGUUAGCAAUCUCUGUGUGCUUUGAGGUGGAGAUUGAAACCAAUUCUAAAUCUGGUCUUGCGUUCCCUUUUGUUUUCCCUUUUCUGCUGUUUAGAAUGUAUGCAGUUUGGUGCAUCUUUCCAAUUAGCACUCUUUGCUGAAGGUAAUUUUCCAAAAUAAUUUAACAACUGUUGAAUUAUUGAAUCCUGUUAUACCAUGCAGUAUUCAGUGUUACAGGAAACAAUGUAAAAAACGUCACAUGGAACAGGGCUUUUAAAAGGUACUAUACAUUGUUGUCAGUAUUUUGUAAUCUUUCUCAAUUCUAUUUUGCAAAAACAGUUCAUUUUGUAAAUGUUAUAUGUAUGUUAUUGUACAACCUAAUGUAGCAAUGCAUGUAAUGAGUACACAUCUUGACCUGGUUUACAGUUAACGCCUGCUAAUAGAUCACCUGUACUCAGAUGGCUCUAAAUUUAAAAUAAAGAGCCACAUGGAUGUACAAAUUUAAGUGCAGAAAAAGAUGCUUGGAAUCUUUUUGUUCCCUCCUAAAUGCUGGAUUUCUGGGUUUUCUAGAAUACUGCUAUUGUGCAGGUAUCUUUUGCUUUAAUACAUGCUUUUGGUGCUUUGUAAUGCAAAGGAAGGCCUGGGAAAUGUAUUUCUGCAACAAGGAAGUAUCAUUAAAAUUGCUGUUACACAGUACCUUGAGGCACCAGUUCAAUUUUACCACUGAUCUUUCUAAUAACUCACUUGUCACUUUAUUACCUUCAAAGAUGUGAAUGUUGCUGACAAGACAGUGACACUAACAGCAAACACUGUCUACUCCCCCUCCCUUCUCUCAGUUGCACUCUCCCUACUACUCAUUGCACAAGUCCUACAGGGACAGAGACUAAUAUUGUACGCUUAAGUUCACUACACGGCCAUCAAGUGUAAAAGGAUGUGUAAUUGCCUGUUUAUCCCAAGUGAAGAGAAAAUUGAGUACAGAAAUUCAGCCUGUCCCCAGAGCCAUUAUGAUGCUUGCCUCUGCAAUGCAGCGAGUCAGCCAGCAAAAGGUGCCACUUUGGAGCUCAGAGAGACUAUCUGAAGCCCAGGGCUGCUACUCUUCACUCUCUGACGGCUGUUGACAUGACACUAACAUGAUGACUUGUUAACUGAGCCUAAGUGAUGGACAAGAACGCCUUCUGCAGGUAGACAGGCAGGCAGGCAGGCAGGCAGGCAGGCAGGCAGGCAGGCAGGAGGCAAGCUUGUCGGUUUAGUAAAAAGCAGUUGCUUUGAAUCUGAAUAUUAGAUGUAUAGUGUUUUUUUAUUUUUUAUUUUAUUAAAUCUUAUCAAAUGAAGAACUAGUGCUUACCGGUGCCCCAGGGAAGUGCCCAUGGCAUUUUAUUUACAAACUGAUGGUUCAUCUGAACUGGAUAGGCAAUUGUCCACAUGCCCUCAGUGUUACUGGCCUUGGGUGUCUUUUUUUAAGAAAUGGAAGGGUGGCCUAGCAACUGGUGUCAGAAGUUCCACUUCUAGCCUGCCCUUUACUGUUUUGACUCGGAGCCCCACCUCAGUUAUAAAACUGCACAUGCUUCAUUGUAAACGGGAUGUGUCUCGGUUGGGCUGAUAGCUGUUAACAGCCACAAAGGCCAACUUAAAUAAAAAGCAUUUGUGUGGUGUUUAAAUCACUUAGCAGUACUGCUUAAUGCCUAAGCAGUGUUUUCUAGUCAGUGGGAAGGCCUAGUUUUAGUUUCAUACUUGGUUUGUCAUGUGCAUAAGUGAUAGUUUUGGCAGUUUUAGUUGUCUUUUUAGUCUUUCUUGGCAAGACAUUAAGCAAUUUAUUUUAGGCACAUGGCCCAAAGAGAUCCUGACUGUCAUGAGUUUCAUGCACCAAAAGUAAAAGUAAUGGAAAACAUUACAUCCCAGGCGAAUCCAUCUGAACACGAGGUGAAACAAACAGCUUUUAGAAACAUAUUGCUGGGAGAAGUUGAGUGAGUCUUUAAUAUUUAAGAAGGCCUUUGCCUGCUACCCGAUAUCGAGCAGAAUAACUGAGAAAGAGAGCUACAAAAUAUGACAAUAAUGCAUUGGGAAAAAAAAAGAGUUGAGUGACCUAUUAAUAAUGAAAUACUCUCUGUCCACUAUGUUUAACUCACUGGAGAGCAACAUUCAGCAUGAAAUCCUGUAAAUGGUGCAGUACUGUAUGUGAACUGUUGUGUGUUAACAUUGCUCUUUUUAUUUUUAAAACAAUGGACUAGAAAAAUAAGAGAGGGGGGAGGUGUAAACCAAGACAAGUAUUGUUCUUUUUAUUUUAAUGAAAAUGUAAUGUAAUAGAUUUUUGGUUAAAUUCUCUGGCCACCAUGCCUCUAAAUUGUGACUUUGUCAACUAACUUCCCUAUAUUUUAAGUAAGACUGCUUAUAAAAAUGGAUCAAUAUCUUAGAAGCUGUAGUUAGUAUUAUAUUGUCUAUCAUAUGUUUUUUGAUUAUGGAACUCCUAGUGCAAUUAUUUUUUACACAGACUUGUUGAUGUCCAUUACGGAAAGCAGUUCCCCAAAUGUUUACGAAAGAGUGUAUUUUUUUUUAUUUUUUUUAAUAGCAGUGAGCAAACAAGCUUGAAAACGUAAUUAUGUAAAUUGAAUUUUUAGUUUUUAGUUUUUGUUCACACUGCAUAUACCUGUUUUAGUGUUAUGUUUUGUUUUUUGUAUAUGCUAUACCUUCUUAUCCAGAUCCUACAGCUUGCUUCUGUAUAAAUGCAAGUUAAUGCACUGCUAUAUUCCUGUCAUAGCACCAGGGGGAAUCGGAAGCUUGCAUCACUUUGGUCUAAUAAUUGUGACAUUGGUAGCUUCAUAUGUAUGUAUGUACCCUAAACUUGUUUUAUCCAUUAGUAGUCUGGGGGAAGAAAAAAAGGUCCUCUUUUUAAUUUCAAUUUGCUUUCCUUGUAUUUUCUGUACUAUAACUGUCUAUGGUUUUGCAUAAAAUGCAUAAGGGUUUUGGGAUGUAAAUGGAAUUUUAUUCAUAUUUUGUCCAAAUACCUCUUGUAAUUUGUAUCAGAAUUCUUGUACAAUUUUUAUAUUAAAGAUUUAUCAGUCA